UCUUCACUAUGGAAAAUCUCACGACAUUUCGCGUGUUUUUAGGCUGUGUCGCUAGAUGUGUCAUGAUUGUGGCCGUAUCGGGCAGUGAUGGCGAUGAUACAUGUGGAGAUAUCACAUCACUCAUCACCGAGAAAGACAGAAUGCGGUGAGAUAAAGACAGGCCCUCAUACGCCAAUAAAUACAAACCCAAGUAUAUUCUCUGGUUCCGUGUCGGCACCUGUGGCACCGGUUGGCGUGUUGUUUGGAGGCUGUGUAUUUAUCUUCUUUCUUCGAAAAUGCAAAUUGUUUUCUUGGGAACAGCGUCAUGUUUUCCUACCCCACAUCGUGGCGUCUCCUGCACCGGCCUUAGAUUUGAAGAUGGCUCCACAUGGUUGUUCGAUUGUGGAGAAGGCUCUCAAAUUAAGUUGCAACAAAGUGUGCUGAAAAUCGGCAAAUUGACGAAGAUCUUCAUUACACACUUGCAUGGUGAUCACUUGUUUGGUUUGCCAGGCUUGGUGUGUACUAUUGGUGGUCAUUGUCCUGAUCGGCCAAAUUUUGUCCUGGAGAUUUAUGGACCACUGGGACUUCGCAAAUUUCUUAGACAAGCUUUGAGUCUUUCUAGAUCACCGUUACCAUUUUCUUAUGUUGUCCAUGAAUUAGUACCAGUCGAAAAACAAUAUCCAGAGGAUUGGACAACAUGGGAAGUGAACCACCUAUGUAAUGAUUCAAAACAUCCACAAGAAAUAAUUGGUCGUGAUAUUUCUUCACAAAAGGAUGUAUGGGAUGUGUUUUCUGAUGAACAUGUAAGUGUCAAAGCUGGGCCCGUUCUUCAUCGAGUACCAUGCUUUGGAUAUGUAGUGUCUGAAAAAGACAAACCUGGAGCUUUGUUAGUCAACAAGCUAGAAAAGUUAGGAAUUCUUCCAGGACCAAUGUAUGGGCAGCUGAAGAAAGGAAAAUCAAUAAAAACAGCGAGUGGAGAAGUAGUUGACCAAUUUCCUGAAAAAGAAGGCAAAAAAUACAAUGUCCCGUUGCUUUUCAACAAAUUUUCUUUUUUCCUGUUUUUCCUUGACAAAGUUCAUAUUGAACCUUCAGAAGUAUUGGGACCUUCAAAGAAAGGAAGAAAAAUUACAAUUUUAGGUGAUACUCACAAUCCAUCAUACAUGACUGAACUUGCUGUGAACAGUGAUGUUUUGAUUCAUGAAGCAACUAUGGAAGAUGCUUUGAAAGAGAAAGCCAUAACUUUUGGGCAUUCAACACCUUCUAUGGCUGCGCAUUUUGCUCAAAGCAUCUGUGCUAGAAAAUUGAUUUUGUAUCACUUUAGCCAAAGAUUUAGAGGGAAUGAAAAAGAAGAUACAGAGGCAAGUUGUCAAUAUUUUAAAAUUUCUGUGCACUUCUUUAAUCCUCAUGUGAAGAUCUUACAUGAUGAAGCUGUGUGUGCCCUAGGUGACCAAACAACUUGCGAUGUUAUCAUAGCUGAAGAUUUACUUUCAAUUUCUAUUCCCCAUACAUAAGCAAGUAAAUAUUAAAAAUAUUUUGUGAGAAAUGAUGCAAAAUAAAAUGAAAUAAAGAUUCCACUCAUUUAAUGUUUUUUAAGUAACUAUUGACAAAACUGGCAGGUGAUGGAUUAGAAAAGAUAUAAAACUAAUUUUAAUUGUAAAAAAUUGAACAAUUGUGUAGCUAUUUCUGAUUGUAAAUAUUAAUAAUAUUUUAUGAGAAAUUGUUCAAAAUAAAAUGAAAUAAAGUUUCCUUUCAUUUGUUUUCUUUAGAUAACUAAUUAUUAACAAUAGUGGCAAGUAUUGCCUUACAAAGAUAUAACACUAAUUUUAACCGCAAAAAAUUGAACAAUUAUUAUGUAACUAAAUCUGCAAUUGAAAACCAAAAUUAUUAAAAACACUAUUAGCAAU